AUGGAGGAACUCGCUCGGUUCGUCCGCGCCUCCUCGCGGGUGGAGGACGGAGACCGCGACCCAGCGGGGUCCGGCACAGAGGUGGGGCGGAGACCAGCCGAGUGGAGGCCCCAACUGGGGACUCCAACCCAUCUGCAGCAGCUGGAGCGCGCCUUCGACGAGUCACACUACCCCGACGGGGGCGCGCGCCUCGCGCUCAGCGCGCGCCUCCACCUGCCCGAGACGCGCGUCCAGCAGCAGGAGCAGCAGCAGGAGGAAGAAGAGUUACUAGAGGAGGAGGAUUUAAUAGAGCAGCAACAACUGAUGAAGAAGACGUUGCAGCAGCAGCAGGGAGGAGGAGGAGGAGAAGGAGGGUCAGGGCUGCGUCGCUCACGUCGUUGCCGAACGAGCUUCUCUGCGGAGCAGCUGCAGCAGCUGGAGCGCGCCUUCGACGAGUCACACUACCCCGACGGGGGCGCGCGCCUCGCGCUCAGCGCGCGCCUCCACCUGCCCGAGACGCGCGUCCAGGUUUGGUUCCAGAACAGGCGCGCGAAGUGCAGGAAACAGGAGAUGCAGACGCGGAGAGGCGUGAUGUUGAGGCCGGGUCUGGACGGGCACCGCGUGGCCCCGUACAUCCACAUGGGAGUCACGAGGUCGCAUCAUCACCAGGUGCCCGCUCACCUGUGCUGCGACCACGUGACCCGGCGGCGGCCCCCCCAAAGUCCCAGCGUAGAGCUCGGCGCUGGAUCUGGAGUCGAACCGGCGACGUUCCAGUCCUGGGGCCUCCUCCAGCCGGUGCCGUUCGCGCUCGCCCUGCCCCUGGGACUCGCGGCCGCGUCCGACGGAGCCCAGAUCUCCUCCGUCUCGAAGCGUUCGAGCCUCGCGGACCUGCGGAUGAAGGCGCGGCACCACGCGGCUUCACUGGGGCUGUAAGCGGCCGUGCUAAGCCAGCUCGGCUCGCUUCUUUUGUCCACUGCGAAAGCCGAAGCCGUGCCGUGCCGCGGACGUUUCACGCGACAGCAUGACGCUGUCCUCGCAGUGC